AAUCGAUUGAACUUAUCUGACUCUUAUUUAUCUUCUACAGUAUCUGCAGUUAUCGUUCUUUUAUACUUUGUCUCUACCUGGUUGCUGUACUAGUGGCCACUAGGUAUCCCGACCAGUGCCGAGGUCAACCUAUCGGAUUCGGAAAGCUUCCCCGCAACAUUAUUUUCAGUGACGCAGUUUGUCUAUCGGAGAACCGAGCCCACCUUUUUCAUCUUCACCUUCCUUUCUCUUCAGCAAUUGAACCAGGAGGUCUUGUUGAAAGAGAUAGUAGGAAAUAAUCCAGAGAUCAAUCCCUCAUUACAAUCCCUUGUUUCAUUGCUUCAUAUAAUCCGGUCAUGAACCGAUCCCUCUUCCGCGCGGCCUCGCGCCACCUUCAGACGGCGAACCGCCUGCCCGUUUCCUCUGGGGCUUCGCGUCUAUCAUCCGUGCGUGGCUAUUCGACGGCCUUUAACUGGGAGGAUCCUCUUGCUGCGUCGGAGUUGUAUACAGAGGAAGAGUUGGCGAUCCAGGAUACGGCGAGACAAUACUGCCAGGAGCGAUUGCUGCCCCGAGUUCUUGAUGCAUACCGAAAUGAAAACUACGACCGCAAGAUCCUGGAGGAGAUGGGUGAAUUGGGUCUCCUCGGUGCCAGUAUUGAGGGAUACGGUUGUGCAGGUGCCAGCACGGUUGCAUCAGGUCUGAUCACCAAGGAAGUUGAGCGGGUAGACUCUGGAUACAGAUCAGGCAUGUCGGUGCAGAGCUCAUUGGCGAUGACGGGAAUCUAUGAGUUUGGUACCCAGGAGCAGAAGGACAGAUUCCUGCCUGAACUGGCCAAGGGCAAGAUGUCUGGCUGCUUUGGUCUCACAGAGCCUAAUCACGGCUCGGAUCCGGGAUCCAUGGAGACGACUGCGAAGGAGCAUCCUACCAAGAAGGGCGUUUACUUGUUGAAUGGAUCCAAAACCUGGAUCACCAACUCGCCCAUUUCCGAUCUGAUGUUGGUUUGGGCCAAGUUGGAAAGCACGGGUAAGAUCAAGGGAUUCCUGAUAGAGCGCAGUCGGUGCCCACCGGGAACGCUGGAGACACCCGCGAUCAAGAACAAGACCGCUCUGCGCGCGUCGAUCACGGGUAUGAUUCAGAUGGACGACUGUCCCGUCCCGGCGGAGAACAUGUUCCCUGAUGUCGAAGGUUUGAAGGGUCCCUUCACCUGCCUCAACAGUGCCAGACUGGGAAUUGCUUUUGGGGCCAUGGGAGCUCUCGAGGACUGUCUCAGCCGUGCCCGCACAUAUGCGUUGGAGAGGAAGCAGUUCAAGGGCAACCCACUGGCUAAGUACCAACUGAUCCAGAAGAAGCUGGCCGAUGCCGCUACCGAUGCUGCAUACGGAACUUUGGCUGCCACCCAGGUGGCCCGAUUGAAGGACGAAGGAAAGAGCACACCAGAGAUGAUCUCCAUGGUCAAGAGACAGAACUGUGACCGCGCUUUGGUAAACUCUCGAGUGCUUCAAGAAGUGUUUGGUGGUAACGCCGCCAGUGACGAGUACCACAUUGCACGCCAUGCGGCCAACCUGUUUGUUGUGCAAACCUACGAGGGCCAGAGUGAUAUCCACGGAUUGAUUCUGGGACGUGCCAUCACUGGAGUCCAGGCAUUCGUUUAAGACAAUCGACAGGUUUGAUAUGUAGACA